AGAGCGAUCGUUUCAUAAAAUCAUCUCAAGACACGAAACACAUUGUAAACCAUAAGGAGCAACGAGUUCGUUAUUCAUAUUAUGUUGGAUUCUCAUUGGCUGGUUUCUAUAUAAAAUUUGCCGUCGUCGUCCAAUAUGGGCUCGGGAGACACGUCUGGCUAAUUGAGUUCAUCAAUUUCUGUUUGCACGGGAUUUUCCACCAAUGGUCAGUCUGUUCUUUCAAAUUUUAAACGUUGGGUAAUUGAGGAUUUUGACAAAGCAAAGGCGUGUCAUCACAGCAUGGGAAAGUGGCUCGAUUGCUGCCUUGUCCAAUAAAACGUGACAAAUCAGAUUAUCAUAUUCACGAAAGAGCGAAUUGAGCACAGAGCAACUUUAGGAAAACCGCCAAACUAAACAGCAUCUCUGAUGACUGGAUAAUGCUAUUGGGAAGACUAGAAAGCGCAAAAACGAAGAACUAGACGGAUGAAUAGCCCGGCCAUGGUGUUCCAGUAACAGCACUUUCACAAGUGGAUCCAGCACGAGGACGGACAGUAAAAGUAGCUGUAAAAUUAAACGCCUGCUGCAAGUUUCCUUGCACAUCGGAUGCAUUGGCGUGGAGUUGAAUCCAAGCGAGUGGCUUUUAAACUGAAAAAUAGGGAUCAUAUAUUUCCCGGUAGUUAACAAGAAGGGACAAGGGAAGCAGUUAAGCCCAACGAUGACUGAAUGAAGGCGGGGUUAGUUCUGAUGGGCACCGGGCGGUUGGACAUGGGAUGCAAAGCCCAUGGGCCCAAGCUAGCCCAUUUAUGAUUCAGCGAAUGCGAGGGGGCCAGGGGCUGUCCGCCUGCAAGACUGUAACCGUCCAGGGAUUUGAUUGCAGCUUCAAUUCUCAGGGAUUAAUGAAGAUAACAGAUUCGUGCGUAACUGUCAUGAUUAGGAAUUGAAGAGCGUUAUUGAAAAGCUAUAUAAGUCGGAGGGGGAGGCUUGAAGAGGGAAGAGAGGGGAUCGUGCGAUGCGAGUAGUGCAGAUGGCUGGGAAGCACGUGCUAUUGUUGAUAGCUCUGACUUAUCUUCUGACGGUGUGUGGAGGAGCAGCGAGGGAGCCGAGGGCGGAGGUGGACUGCUGGGGGUCGCUGAUGGAGCUGAGAUCGUGCACGAAUGAGAUAAUGCAGUAUUUGGUGAAGGGGGAGGCAGAUAUUGGGCCGCAUUGUUGUCGGGCCAUAACCGUCAUAACCCAUAACUGCUGGCCUGCUGUUCUCGCCUCCCUCGGCUUCACCGACCACGAGGCCUACAUCUUACGAGGUUAUUGUGAUGCCGCUCCUGCUUUCACUCCGGCGCUCGCCCCUGCCAUCCCCUGACUGCUAUUCCUUCAUCCCAUCACCAUUCUGUUUUUUAGUUUCUUACGUCAACUUCACUUUGCCCAUCGCAUCCUGCUUUUGGCAUGCCUUCUCAAUAAAAACAUAACCUUCACUGUGUAUUUAUCGCGUUAACCUCUCUUUUUUAGUUUGAUUUUCGGGCUGGAUUACUACUCG